AUGGCGUAUAACAAAAAACUGUUCUUUCUAAUGGUGGCUUCACUUGCCAUAGCCCAAAUGGCAAUGGCUGGAGAUCCCGAUAUCCUCACAGACUUUGUUGCGCUCGAGGUGGGCUUUGUCGAUACCACAAACAAGUUCUUCACACAGACACUUCAGCCUGGUGACCUCUUUGUUUUCCCUAAGGGACUAGUCCAUUUUCAAUAUAAUGCUGAUGAAAAAAUUCCUACUCUGGCUAUCUCUGCUUUUGGGAGUUCAAAUGCUGGAACUGUCUCUCUCCCCGACACUCUGUUCAACACCAGCAUUGAUGACAAUGUAUUGGCGCUUUCUUUCAAAACUGACGUUGCCACCAUUCAGAAGCUUAAGGCAGGCCUUGCAACCAAGAAAUAG